AUGCCAACGCCGGUGAAUACGGCGAGAGAAUGCUUAACGGAGGAAGCUGCACGUGCCCUCGACGAUGCUGUGGCGGUUGCUCGUAGGAGGAGUCACGCGCAAACGACGUCGCUUCACGCGGUUUCUGCUCUUCUAGCGAUGCCGUCGUCGAUUCUCCGGGAGGUUUGCGUCUCACGCGCUGCUCGGAGUAUUCCUUACUCCUCGCGUCUUCAGUUUCGAGCUCUGGAGCUUUGCGUCGGCGUUUCACUCGAUAGGCUUCCGUCGUCGAAGUCUUCUACGGCGGCGGAAGAAGAUCCACCGGUUUCGAAUUCGCUUAUGGCGGCGAUUAAGCGGUCGCAGGCGAAUCAGAGACGGCAUCCGGAGACUUAUCAUCUCCAGCAGAUCCACGCUAGUAGCGGCGGUGGUGGGUGCCAGACGACGGUUUUGAAGGUUGAGUUGAAGUAUUUCAUUUUAUCGAUCCUUGACGAUCCGAUUGUGAAUCGGGUCUUCGGCGAAGCAGGGUUUCGGAGCUCCGAUAUUAAGCUCGACGUGCUUCACCCUCCGGUAACGCAAUUCUCUUCCCGUUUCUCACGAGCUCGUUGUCCUCCUCUCUUCCUCUGUAAUCUUCCGAGCUCAGAUCCAAAUCGUGCGUUCCCGUUUGGUGGGAGUAGUGGUUUUGAUGAGAAUUCUCGGAGAAUUGGAGAAGUAUUAGGUCGAAAAGAGAAGAAGAACCCUCUACUUGUUGGUAAUUGCGCUAAUGAAGCUCUUAUAACAUUCACGGAUUCGAUCAACAGUGGGAAGCUAGGGUUUCUUCCUCCGGAGAUUAGCGAGUUAAGCGUAGUUAGCAUAGAGAAAGAGAUUAGUGAGAUUUUAGCUGAUGGAUCAAGAACUGAAGAAGAGAUUCGAGUGAGACGUGAUGAUUUAGUUAGAAUCACAGAGCAAAAUGGCUCGAAACCAGGGGUUGUGCUUAAUCUGGGAGAGUUGAAGGUCUUAACCAAUGAAGCUGCUUCUGGUGGAAAGAGUAAUGCUUUGGAGAAUUUGGUGUCGAAGCUCUCGGAUUUGCUGAAACAUCAAAGUAAGAAACUAUGGUUAAUCGGAUGUGUAUCGAGCAACGAGACGUACACGAAGCUUCUGGAUCGGUUUCCUACGAUUGAUAAGGAUUGGGACCUUCAUGUUGUUCCAAUCACAUCCUCUAAACCCUCCGGUCAAGGGGUUUAUCCAAAAUCAAGCUUGAUGGGAUCCUUUGUUCCGUUUGGAGGGUUCUUUUCGUCUACAUCAGAUUUCCGAGUACCGUUAAGUGGUACAACGAAUCAGACGCUCCCUCGAUGUCACCUCUGCAACGAGAAGUACUUGCAAGAAGUAGCCGCUGUUGUAAAGGCCGGUUCGAGUCUUUCUCUGGCUGAUCAAUGCUCCGAGAAGUUACCUUCUUGGUUGCGGGCUGCAGAGACAGAGUUAGACAAGGGAACAACGGGAAGUAGUAAGGCUAUAGAUGACCCAAACGCAUUGGCUUCUCAAACUGCAGCUCUGCAAAAGAAAUGGGACAACAUAUGCCAAAGUAUCCAUCAAACUCCGGCGUUUCCUAAACUCGGUUUUCAGUCCGUGAGUCCGCAAUUCCCAGUUCAGACCGAGAAGAAUGUGAGAAGCUCAACCGAGCAAACUAGUCCCGGAUUUCCCAGCAGAACUCCUGAAAGCUUUCUGGAGACACGUAAACUGCCGAAUCCGACAAUCUCAACGCCAAAGCUUAUGGAGGAUGUCACGACUUCGGUGACUAACCGCAUGGCGAGUCCGCCUUUGAGCUGUGUUACUACAGAUUUAGGGUUGGGAGUAAUCUAUGCAUCAAAAAGGCAGGAAUCAAACACACUGAGAGAGAAACCGCUGCUGGUGACUGUAAACUCUUCUUCAGAACAUAAAUAUCGGAAAGAUUUCAAGUCUCUCAGAGAAUUACUUUCUAGUAAAGUUGCCUGGCAGUCGGAAGCUGUGAACGCCAUUAGCCAAAUUAUCUGUGAAUGCACAAGCGACUCCACAAGAAGAAACCGCACAAGUGGUAUUUGGCUGGCUCUUCUUGGACCAGAUAGAGUUGGGAAGAAGAAAGUAGCGUCGGCUCUUUCUGAAGGCUUCUUUGGUGGCCAGGUCAACUGCAUCUGUGUGGAUUUCGGGGCAGAGCACUGUUAUAUUGAUGACAAAUUCAGAGGUAAAACAGUGGUUGAUUACAUAACUGGUGAAUUAUCAAGGAAACCACACUCUGUUGUUUUACUCGAAAACGUGGAAAAAGCCGAGUUCCCGGAUCAGGUCAGAUUGUCUGAAGCUGUGAGUACUGGGAAACUCCGUGAUUCGCAUGGAAGAGUGAUCAGUACGAAAUAUGUGAUUGUUGUUGCGACUUCUGGCAUUGGCAAGGACAAUGAUCAAGUUACUGAACCUGUGACGUUUUCCGAGGAAAGAGUUCUCAAUGCAAGAAGAUGGAAUCUGCAGAUAAAGUUAGCCGAUGUCCCUAAAAUUGGGGUAAAUAAGAGAAAACAUGAGCCAGAAACAGAGCAACGUGCAGAGAAGACGCAACGCUCAUAUCUCGAUCUGAAUCUUCCAGUGAAUGAGACAGAAGUUGACUUCGAUCAUGAAACAGAGGACGCAAAAGCUUGGUUUGAUGAUUUCAUCAAACAAGUAGACGGAAAAGUGACGUUUAAACCGGUUGAUUUCGAUGGGCUAGCCAAGACCAUUCAGGAGAACAUUGUUUCACAUUUUAAGCAAUGCUUUGGAUCGGAAACGCAUCUAGAAAUAGAUAGUGAAGUAAUCGUUCAGAUUCUGGCGGCUUCUUGGUCAUCAUUAUCAUCAGGCAAAGAAGAGAAAACGGUUGAUCAAUGGAUGCAAACCGUUCUUGGUCCGAGCUUUGCUGAAGCAAGGCAGAAGUACGGUUCAAAUCCUACAUUCGCCGUGAAACUGGUUGCAUCUAGAGAUUUAGCUGCCGGAGUACAGUUGCCGGAGAAGGUUGAUGUGAUGUGA